AUGCUUAACAUAAAUGUCAGAAUUAUUUAAUAAAUAUGUGAUGUCAAAAUUAAAUUUAAAAAUCAAAUGCACGCUGAUGAAUAUAAUGCUAGAUUUAGAAUCAUCUUCAUCAUUCUUUUAAUCAUCGUCCUAAUAAUUUUUGUAAUAAUACUUACAACAUACAUUUUACUGAUAACGGAAGAGAAGUAACGAAUUAAAAAAUGAGAUAUGGCUCAAAUUGGAGAACCUUUAACUCUAUCAAGAGACAUAAAAAGAUCGAUUGAACUUCUUGAAAAACUCCAAAAAAGUGGCGAAGUUCCUGCUACAAAGCUGGCAGCUCUUCAAAAAGUUCUUCAGAGCGACUUUCUGAACGCCGUGCGUGAAGUUUACGAACAUGUAUACGAAACUGUAGACAUACAAGGGUCUCAAGAUGUGAGGGCUUCGGCCACAGCGAAAGCCACUGUUGCAGCUUUCGCAGCCAGUGAAGGGCACGCUCAUCCCAGAGUCGUGGAACUGCCAAAAACUGACGAAGGGUUAGGUUUUAACGUUAUGGGAGGCAAAGAGCAAAAUUCGCCAAUUUAUAUAUCGAGAAUUAUUCCUGGAGGUGUAGCAGAUAGACAUGGAGGAUUGAAGAGAGGUGACCAACUUUUAAGUGUCAAUGGAGUGUCGGUAGAUGGUGAAAACCACGAGAAGGCUGUAGAACUAUUAAAACAAGCCCAUGGGUCUGUGAAACUUGUAGUUCGGUAUACUCCCAAAGUAUUAGAAGAAAUGGAACUUCGAUUUGAUAAACAAAGAGCCAGAAGGAGACAACAGUAUAAUUAAUUAAAAAGUCUUGAAGUAUAAUAAUCAUUUUCAUUCAAAUAUAUAACGUAGUUAAGUAAAAUCCAACUAGUAUUUCUUCUUUAGUUUAAAUGUUAACAGUGUAUUGCAAUUUGUAAGCAUUUUAGUAAAUGUAACGAUGGAGGUAUGGAUUUGCAAGCUUGUAAUUUGACAAAUGCUUUCAAAUUAGCUAUGAAUGCCAACAAAGGAUAGCAUAAAUGUUGAUUUGGUACUUCCAUUCUCUUGUAAUAGUCAGUAUUAGAAUAUUCAUUGAAAAUCUCAUGACGCGUUUAGAAUGUUUUUAAUAUAUUAAAUUAUUUAUGUAUUUGUUAAUUUAGAACAGUAUAACUGAUAUUGUACUGCUUUUAUAUCUAUAUUUGUUUCUGUAUUAAAUGUUUAAUACCCAAUGCUUUUAAUUUAUCUUAAAUUAAGCCAUUUGUUUCCCAUAACCUUCUCAUUGGUAUGGUAUCUUUUAUUCUGUGUAAAUAUCCCCACCAACUCCGCUGUCUCUGUUCUAUAAACUCCAAUGUUGAUCGUAUUUUCAGUUCGUUCCUUAUUAUAGCCAUUUUGGGUACACCUUUCUCUCUCUUUCCUAUGGAGGUACAGCUCCUAUGGUCCUGGCCUCCCCCAGCAUCCGCCUCCAAGUCUCUCUGUCUCCGGCUGCUCUCUUCCAGUUGUCCACCCUCAAUAUCUCUUUAGCAUCGGUUCUCAUUUCGUCUAUUCACCUCUUCCUUGAUCUUCCUACUGGCCGACGUCCCACUAAGCGUUCUGUCUUAUAAGGUGACCUGCCCAGCACAAUCUUUGUAUUUUUGCAUAAUUUGCUAUAGAGGGUUCUCUGUAAUAUUGGUAUAACUCGUGGUUGAACCUUAUUCUUCAUAUACCAUUGUGGCAAAUGGGUCGCAGUAUCCUCCUUAAGGCCAUCAGUACAUAAUUCGCAAAUAUUUUACGCCUAUCCCUACUUUUUCUAUCUUUACACAGCAAAUUACGUGUAGAAAAUUCAUACUGGUAUGAAUCCUGAAAAACCCAAUAAAUAUUUUUGAAAAAUUUAAACGCAGAAUGAAAGACCAAAUUAUUACCGAGGGCCGAAAGUCCCUUAGAAUAAAUAAAAAGUUCUAUUUUGAAUGAGAUAUUUGAAAUUAAAAAUCACACUAAAUUUUCUCUUAGUUUUUCACCCCUGUAACUUAUUAAAAUAAUCAUUAUAGAAUUUUCAGGGACUUUCGGCCCUCGCUAAUAACAUAAUCUUUCAUUCUGUGUUUAAAUUUUACAAAAAUACUUAAUAACUUAUUAGUUUUCUCAGGAUUCGUAAAAAAUGAAUUUCCGUUUGAAUAGCAUUGCAGCCGAAAAUACGUACCCAUCCCCUUAAUAUCUUUCUUUCAAAAGUAUUAAUAAGGUUUAUUGUCUGUUCACUCAUGAUCCACGUUUCUACACAAUAUGUUAUUGGUCAUAUGAUGGUUUUAUGAAGAGAACACCUUUAACUCUUAAAAACUCCAUUUCUAUAGACUGUAUCUUGCUCUCUUGUCUUUGUGUUAGUACACAUGAUUCACUGCCAAAGUCAGAACAAGUCUAGAAAUGUUUAUUUCUGUACUCCAUAAUAUUUCUUUUCUGUAUACAGGGUAUUGGUAAAUAAGUAUGAAAAACUUUAAGGGGUAAUUCUACAUGAAAAAAUAAUGACAGUUUCCUAUAUAAACGUAUGUCUGCAAAUGCCUCGUUACCAACAGGGUGUUGGCAUUUUUAUUUCAAACUGCGAACUUUUUUUAUUGCUCUAAGACCGUUUGAGCUAGGAAAAUUAAAUUUGGUGGUUUUAAGAGGUCGCUAUUGCGCAUUUUUUUAAAGAAAAAAAUAGUAUGUCAAUGAGAUAUUUCAAAUUAAAAAUUAUUGUUGUAUUCCACGUUUAAUUUAUGAUAAAGAAGCUAUUUUGAUAAAAAAGAAGAAAAUAUUUCUAAAAAGAUUUUAACUAUGUGCAAGGCUACAACAAAUGUUCAAAAUUACCUCCUUUAAAGGUGACAGAGUAAUUUUAUAUUCACCACUGGCACGCGUACGGGUAAUGGCCUAAAUUUUUUAAAGAAAAAAUAGUACGCCACUGAGAUAUGUCAAAUUAAAAAUCAUUUUUGAAUUCCUCGUUCAAUUUACGACAAAAAAACGUUCUUGUCUUUUUUUCAUAUGAGGCGUCGUUUUUAUGCAAAUAAAACAUCUUAACGUUUACAAAGUAUUUGAAAUAAGUUUCUAUGCAUAUGAAUCUACCUCGAAUAAUUUGUAAGCGUUAAGAUGUUUUAUUUUUUGUAUAAAAACGGCACCGCAUAUGAAAAACAGACAAGAAUGAUUUUUUUGUCGUAAAUUGAACGAGGACUUCAAAAAUGAUUUUAAAUUUGACGUAUCUCAGUGGCGUACUUUUUUUUCUUUAAAAAAUUCAGAUCAUUACCUGUACGGGCGCCAAUGAUGAAUAUAAAAUUAUUCUGUCACCUUUAAAGGAGGCAAUUUUGAACAUUUGUUGUAGCUUUGCACCUAGUUAAAAUCUUUUUAGUAAUAUUUUCUGUUAUUGUUCUACUUUGGUAUUAUUAAAUUGGAGAGUUAUUGAUAAUGUAUUAAGAAAUGAAAAAUACGCGCGAAGAUGUUUUAUUUUUUCGCAUAAAAACGGUGCACCAUAUGAAAAAAAUACAAGAAAGGUUAUUUUUCAUAAAUUAAACGUGGAAUACAAAAAUAAUUUUUAAUUUGAAAUAUCUCAGUGGCGUACCAUUUUUUUCUUUAAAAAAAAAUUCAGACCAUUACCCGUAGGCGCGCCAAUGAUGAAUACAAAAUUGUUAUUUGUUUGUCAAAAAAUGCAAAAUAACUACCUCUUAAAACCCACCAAAUGUAACUUUCAUAUCUCAACCGGUCUUAGAGCAAUAAAAAAAUUGGCAGUUUGAAAUAAAAAUUUCAACACCCUGUAUCUCGAAAACAAAGCAUUUGCGGACAUACGUUUAUAGAGCAAACUGCCAUUAUUUUUUCAUGUAGAAUUACCCCUUAAAGUUUUUCAUACUUAUUUACCAACACCCUGUAUAAAUGUUUUGUUCAUUGUAUGAUACAGGUGUAGCAUUUAGCAGUCUACUCUGCUAUUGAUUUCUGCUUCUAGAUAUUCUGUUCCUUCUAUUAUUACUCCUCAGUUUGUAAAAGUUUUAAAUUGUUCUAUUUUUAUCUUUCAAUAUUUCUAUAUGAACUUCUUCUCUUGUUUCUCCUAUCUGUGAAUUUUUGUUGUUUUAAUAUUUAUCUUCAUUCCGUUUGCAGUAAGUACUCAAUCAAACUACAUUUUUUAUUUAAAGACCUUUAUUGUAAGUCUGUAUUAAAUAUAUAUAUAAGAAUAAACAUAGAAAAGAAAAACAAGUAAAGGAAUGUAAAAAUAAAAUA